UCUAGGCGCCAGGGGCAGCCAAUCAGCGAGCGCCCUGAGGCGGGGAACCAGGGGGAGGGGGGCGCCUUUAAGCCCGGCUCUGGCAAGACCAGCAACGGGAAAAAACAUAAAGUUUCCUCCGGUCGAAGAGGAGACCUCUCCGGCGGCAUCUCUUUUCCUGCUGUCGGAGGAGGAGGAGGAGGAAGAGGAAGAGGAGGAGGAGGAGGAGACCUCUCUCCUUGUGGGUCCUGCACUCGGGGGCAAACUCUUCCCCACUGAAGAAGGAGAAGGAAAAGAAGCAGUCUUGGGGAGCUGCUUUCUGUCGGUCUCCAAGGCUGCUCCAAGAUCCCUUCUCAAGCCUUGGGAAGCUUCUUUCUCUCGCUCUUUGGAAAGGCAACAUCUCCGAGGAGAGCGCACAGCGACAACCCUGGAUUCUGGGCUUGAUCUUGGCACGUUUGCCUCUCCAAACGGAUCUUUCUCCUCGGACACUAAGCUGCUCUCUGGAGCUUGAAGGCUGUUUCGAGACCUCUUUGGAAACUGGCCCUUUGGAAAGGAAAGCUCCACAACAGCACCGGAUUGGAGGCUUUACCUUUCCCUUUCUCUCCGAAGACUCUUUCCAAACUGGCUUUUCUCCUCUGAAGAAGAAGCCUUGCCCAGCCUCCCACGGGUGCUGCGAAAUCCCUUUCGGAAAGGAAACCUCCCCGAGGAGAGCGCUUCUCAACUCCAGCCCGGCGUGGGGCACUUUCUUUCGCCUUUCUGAACGGAUCUUUCUGCUUUGAAGGCGUCUGGGGAAGCCGGCAAGUACUUCAAGAUAUUCCAAACUGUUUCCUGUGAAUAACCCCCGGGAAACGGCUCCGAGGCUGCCGCAAAACCCCUUCCCAAUCCGGUCUUUGGGAAGGAAACACCCGCGAGGAGAGCGCAUGAGGGCGACAGCUUCGCGCUCGGAACUUGAGCUCGGUUUCAUCUUGGGACUCUCGCCUUCCCGAGCUUGUAUUUCUCCUUUGAAAGAAGCCUUGGGAAGCUGCUUUAUGUGUGGAAGAAACCUUAGAAAUCCGCUUUCCCGAAAGCACUGAUCUUUGGAAAGAGACGUUCCCAAGGCGAGCGUUUGGGACUCACUCUUCGGACUUCCCAAACUCAUUUUUCUCCUUGAAAGUAAGUCCUGGAAAGCUGUAUCCUCUGGGUCUAGAAAAGAUCGCUUUCCAAACUGAUUCCUUCCUUUUCUGAGGAAGUCUUGGGACGCUUCUUUCCCGGGGUGUCCCUCUCCGAAGUGGUUUUGGGGAGAUAAGUCUCUCAAGAGUGAUCUUUGGAAAGGGAGAACGCACAGCUCGCUCUUGGGACUUCCCAGUUUUCUCCUUGGAAAAAGGUCUUGGAAAGCUGUUUCCUCUGGGUCUGGAAAAGAUCCCUCUCCAAACGGAUCCCUUUCCUCUCUGAGGAAGCCUUGGGACGUUUCUUUCCCGGAGAGUCCCUUUCCAAAGUGUUUUUGGGGAAGAGAAGUCUCUCUUUGGAAAGGGACGUUCCCAAGGAGGGCGCACAGCUUGCUCUUGGGACUUCCCAGUUUUCUCCUUGGAAGAAGGUCCUGGAAAGUUGUUUCCUCAGGGUCUAGAAAAGAUCCCUUUCCAAACUGAUCCCGUUCCUCUCUGAGGAAGCCUUGGGGCACUUCUUUCCCGGGGUGUCCCCCUCCGAAGUGGUUUUGGGCGAGAGAAGAAGUCUCUCGAGGAGGAGCGCGCCGGGCUGAGCCGGGACUGCUUGAGGGGCUUGGCGAGGCCUCGCUCCCGUCCGGCCCCUCUUCCUCUUCCUCUCCUACUCCUUCCUCCCCGGGGGCCAUGUCGCUCCUGCCCUCCUUCGGCUUCACCCAGGAGCAAGUGGCCUGCGUGUGCGAGGUGCUGCAGCAGGGCGGCAACCUGGAGCGCCUGGGCCGCUUCCUCUGGUCGCUCCCGGCCUGCGACCACCUGCACAAGAACGAGAGCGUCCUCAAGGCCAAGGCCGUGGUGGCCUUCCACCGGGGCAACUUCCGCGAGCUCUACAAGAUCCUCGAGAGCCACCAGUUCUCGGCCCACAACCACCCCAAGCUCCAGCAGCUCUGGCUCAAGGCGCACUACGUGGAGGCCGAGAAGCUGCGCGGGAGGCCGCUGGGCGCCGUGGGCAAGUACCGCGUCCGGAGGAAGUUCCCGCUCCCGCGCACCAUCUGGGACGGCGAGGAGACCAGCUACUGCUUCAAGGAGAAGUCCCGCGGGGUCCUGCGCGAGUGGUACGCCCACAACCCCUACCCCUCGCCCCGGGAGAAGCGGGAGCUGGCCGAGGCCACCGGGCUGACCACCACCCAGGUCAGCAACUGGUUCAAGAACCGGCGGCAGCGCGACCGGGCCGCGGAGGCCAAGGAGAGGGAGAACACGGAGAACAACAGCGCGUCCACCAACAAGCCCAACCAGCUGUCUCCCUUGGGCGGGGGGGCGAAGGCGCUGCUGUCCAGCUCGGAGGAGGAGUUCUCCCCCCCGCAGAGCCCCGACCAGGCCUCCUCCUCGUCGUCGUCGCUGCUGCUGCUGCAGGGCGGGCUGGCCCACGCGCGGACCCCCUCCUCGGCCUACGCCCUGCCCGGCCUGCCCCCCGGGGCCCCGCCGCCGCCCCACGCCCUCCCGCCCCACCACCCGCACCAGCUCCAGGACUCGCUCCUCGGCCCGCUCACCUCCAGCCUCGUGGACCUGGGCUCAUAAUCCCGGCCGAGAUCCGCGUGGGAGGCUCCUGGCAGGCGGGGGUCUCGCCGGGAUUCCUUUUUUGUUAUGUUUUGCUUUCCCAGAGUUUACCAGGCGGUUCGGAAAAAGUGACUUUGGAAAACCAACAACCAACUCUUCUUGGUCUCUUUCUCUCCUCUCUCUCUGUCUCGAUUCAGUACAGGAUGGAAAACUCUUUGGACACAAACCUUCUCUCUUUCUUCAGAUCCACCUCCCUUACCUGCGGUCCUCUCUGGGGGCAUCCACACGGUGCAAUGGAAACGGUUUGAUAUCACUGCAUCUCCAAGGUGGAAUGAACGCCUUUUGACACCACUUGGCUCAAUGCUUUGGAAUCAUGAGUUCUAUUAUAAGGUCCUUCCGCGCCGCCAGAUAACCCAGAAUGUCAAGGCAGAUAAUUCACAAUGCCUGUUUCGGAUUAUCUGAGUCCACACUGUCAUAUAAUCCAAUGUGGAUUUUAUACUGCUGUGUGGAAGGGGCCUUAGUGGGGCACUAAAUCCAAAUAGCCACCAGGUUUCUGCUUAGGCCCCUUCCGCACUGCCAUAUAAUCCAGAAUAUCAAGGCAGAUAAUUCACAAUGCCUGUUUUGGAUUAUCUGAGUCCACACUGUCAUAUAAUCCAGUUCAAUGUGGAUUUUAUGCUGCUGUGUGGAAGGGGCCUUAGUGAGGCACUAAAUCCAAAUAGCCACCAGGUUUCUGCUUAAAACCCUUCCGCACUGCCAUAUAAUCCAGAAUAUCAAGGCAGAUAAUUCACAAUGCCUGUUUCGGAUUAUCUGAGUCCACACUGUCAUAUAAUCCAGUUCAAUGUGGAUUUUAUACUGCUGUGUGGAAGGGGCCUUAGUGGGGCACUAAAUCCAAAUAGCAACCAGGUUUCUGCUUAGGCCCCUUCCGCACUGCCAUAUAAUCCAGAAUAUCAAGGCAGAUAAUUCACAAUGCCUGUUUUGGAUUAUCUGAGUCCACACUGUCAUAUAAUCCAGUUCAAUGUGGAUUUUAUGCUGUUGUGUGGAAGGGGCCUUAGUGAGGCACUAAAUCCAAAUAGCCACCAGGUUUCUGCUUAAAACCCGCACUGCCAUAUAAUCCAGAAUAUCAAGGCAGAUAAUUCACAAUGCCUGUUUUGGAUUUUUUUUUUUCGUGUCAAGAGCAAAUUGAGUAACUGCAAGUUGCUUCUGGUGUGAGAGAAUUGGCCGUCUGCAAGGACGUUGCCC